CCAGCGCCGAACCGUCUCCCCGCCCGCGCCGCUGCCAUGGCGGCAGCUCCGCUGCUCUCCAAGGCCGAGUAUCUGAAGCGUUACUUGUCCGGGGCAGAUGCCGGCGUCGACGGGGCCCCUGAGUCCGGCCGCAAGCGUCGCAAAAAGCGGCCGAAGCCUGGCGGGUCCGGCGGCAAGGGAAUGCGGAUUGUGGAUGAUGAUGUGAGCUGGACUUCUAUCUCCACCACUAAACUGGAAAAGGAGGAAGAGGAAGAUGAUGGGGAUUUGCCUGUGGUGGCUGAGUUUGUGGAUGAGAGGCCAGAAGAGGUAAAGCAGAUGGAAGUCUUUCGUUCAAGUGCCAAAUGGAAGCUUCUGGGAGGCCACAAUGAAGAUUUACCUUCAUACAGACAUUUCCAUCAUGACAGCCCAGAUCCGUCUCCUCCAAGGAGGGUCCGCCAUGACACCCCGGAUCCAUCUCCUCCAAGGAAGGUCCGUCAUGACACCCCGGAUCCAUCUCCUCCAAGGAGGGUCCGUCACGACACCCCGGAUUCAUCUCCUCCAAGGAGAGUCUGUCACGACUCCCCAGCUCCUUCUCCUCCUAGAAGGGUUCGUCAUGAUUCCCCAGAUCUGUCUCCCCCCAGGAGGCCCCAUCAUGACUCAGAACCAUCUCCCCUGAGGAGGGCCCGUCAUGAUUCACUGGAUCCUUCUCCCCUCAGGAAGCCUCAUCGUCAUUCUUCAGGUGUAUCUCCUAGGAGGGCCCGUCAUGACACACCAGAUCCAUCUCCUCCUAGGAGAACCCACCAUAGUUCCUCAGAUAGCUCUCCCCCAAAGAGGGCCUGUAACAGCUUCCCUGACACAGUUCAACCUAGAAGGACUCUUGACUCUGUGGACACAUCACAGCUCAGGAGGGCCCGUCAUGAUUCCCCUGAUUUGGCUUCUAAUGUUCCUCCUUCACUGCCCAGAACCCAAAGCAGCAAAGCCCCAGAAAGAGCCUCUAGCAAAACUUCUCCACAUUGGAAAGGGCCAGGACCCUCUCAUCCCUCACUCCCAAAGAACAGCAAAUAUGACUAUGACUCGGACCUCUCUCCUCCACGAAAAAAGCAAGCAAGGUCCCAGUCUGGAAGUAAGCAGCAUGAUUCUAAAGGCUCUUCCCCCAGCCAUAGGAAAUUUCAUACAAGUUCUUCACCCAGAAGAUCUCAGAGUCACAAAUUGGACUCUUCUUCCUACCCAGGUGACAGUCGGAAAGCCUCUGAUUCAGAUCUGUCACCUCCACGGAACAGACCUAGGCACCGGAGCUCUGAUUCUGACCUCUCUCCACCGAGGAGGAAACAGAGGGCCAAAUCUUCUGAUUCCGAUCUGUCUCCACCUCGAAGGAGUCAGCCUCUGGGAAAGAAGGCUGCGCACAUGUACUCUGGGGCUAGAACUGGGUUGGUGUUAACUGACAUACAGCGAGAGCAGCAGGAGCUUGAGAGACGGGACCAAGAAACCGUGGCAUUUGAAGCUGAAUUCCAAUAUGCUGAAACUGUAUUUCGAGAUAAGUCUGGUCGGAAAAGGAAUUUGAAACUGGAACGUUUAGAGCAGAGGAGAAAAGCAGAGAAGGAUUCGGAGAGAGAUGAGCUGUAUGCUCAGUGGGGAAAAGGGCUUGCCCAGAGCCGGCAGCAGCAACAAAAUGUGGAGGAUGCAAUGAAGGAAAUGCAGAAGCCUUUGGCCCGCUACAUCGAUGAUGAAGAUCUGGAUCGGAUGCUGAGAGAGCAAGAAAGAGAGGGGGACCCCAUGGCCAACCUUAUCAAGAAGAGUAAGGCCAAGGAGAACAAGAAUAAGAAAGUGAGACCUCGCUACAGUGGCCCAGCACCUCCUCCCAACAGAUUCAAUAUCUGGCCUGGAUAUCGCUGGGAUGGAGUGGACAGAUCCAAUGGAUUUGAACAGAAGCGCUUUGCCAGGCUUGCCAGCAAGAAGGCGGUGGAGGAACUUGCCUACAAGUGGAGUGUUGAGGAUAUGUAACUUUUCUGAGGCUGUGGGGGUGGCUGUGGGUUGUUUUAGUGGACGCAGAGCAGCCAGACAUCCAGCUGUAACAGUCCUCUGUGCUAAUAAUCAGGGCCCGCACAGACCAGCGACUUGCUGAAUGCCAGUUGUGACCACAGAAGGAUAUUUGAGAUGUGAUGUUUGGACUGAGGCACCUGUACUUCUCAGGUGUGCUGACACUGCCUGUUGCUGGCUUUCAGAGGAAGCAUUGAUUUCUCAGUGUCCCAGGGUUUGUUCUUGGUUAGGGUAUUUCUUUUUUAAUAAACAUACAUUUAUUUUUUUAAAAUAA